AUGUCUGAGUUUACUGAGAUCAGAAACCCGAUCGAUGUCCAAGCGCUUUCGGCGUACUUAGCCAAUGUGCCAGCCUCGGCUAUCCGGGGUCUCGACGUUCCACCAUUUUUCGGUCCUUUCGAUAUAAAGCAAUUUACUUUUGGGCAGUCCAAUCCAACAUACUUGGUUGUAGAUGGUUCGGGCUCAAAAUACGUGUUGCGCCGGAAACCCAUGCCUAAUUCCAAGCUAGUCUCGAAAUCAGCGCACGCGAUUGAGCGGGAGUUUUUCUUGUUGAAGGGCAUUGAAAACUGCAACCAGAGAGCAGAUCCAGGUAAAAAAGUCCCCGUGCCAAAAGUGUACUUUCUUUGCGAGGACGAAUCGGUGUUGGGCGUGGUAUUCUACGUCAUGGAAUAUGUGCAAGGAAGGUCUUUCAAGGAGCCCGAUAUGCGAGAAGUCCCAGCCGCCAGGCAGUCUGAGUACUGGGAUUCCAUCAUGAAAACGAUUAGUGCCAUACAUUCUGUAGAUUGCUCCGAACUUGUGAAACAGCUCCCAGCGAAGCACUUUCCCCAAUUCCAGCCAGAUCAGCUUGAGCGGGCGAACAAAAACGGCGCAACGUACUUCCAAAGACAGAUCCGAACUCUUGGUGCAGUCGAGAAAUCCCAGUCAAAAACCGUGGAUAGUAUUCCUGGGUUUUCUCGGCUUACACAAUGGGUCUUGGACCAUUCCCCAAGGGACCCAGACCACAUGACGUUGGUACACGGUGACUGCAAAAUAGACAACUUUCUUUUCCAUGGCGAGAAGCCCGAAGUCGCAGCCGUGCUAGAUUGGGAAUUGUGUACUAUGGGGCAUCCAAUAUUUGACUUGGCAAAUUUUCUCCAGCCGUACACGUUCCCGAAAAGCCUAAACAAGGCCAUUCUGCAGACCGCGUCCAUUGGUAUCGAGGAUCCAACUAGCGCUCAGCACGUGCAGACCGUCUUGAGCUUGUACGAAAAAUUCCUUGGGCACAAAUGGCGGGAAAACGACCCGAGGAAUAAUCCACACGACUUGUGGAAGUUAGGGACUGUCUUUGGCCUCUUACGUCUUUGCGUGAUAUCUCAGGGUGUGGCCAUGCGGGUAAAACGGGGAACGGCCAGCUCUGCAUCUGCAAAGGCUGUAGCGGAACUUUACAAGACUUUGAGUGAGUUGGCGUUGAGCUUCAUAGAAGAAGACUACAAAUUGUGA